AUGCAUUUAGAAAUUCUAAAAAUUGAUUACAAAAUUAAUUUUUUAAUUAAAACUUUGGAAAUUAAGAUAGUCAUUCUAUAAUUGCUGGUACUUAAAUAGAGCGGGCUAAUAUCUUAACUUAAUCAAAUUACUGUAAGCAGAACUCCAUCAUGUUGUUUUAAAAAUCCCUAAAAAACUAUAUGGAAUAGAAAAUAGAAUUCAUUAUCACCUUUAGGGUAAAUAGUUGGAAAUAGAAAUUUUUUAUCUUAAAUUUUCUUCUUUAUACUAUUUUUGGCAAAACUUUGA